AUGCCUCCUCAGUUUGAGGCCUCCGAAGGGCGCAAGCGGCACCCCGCGCGUGGCGAAGACGGCGCUUCGAACGACGGUCACGAGCAGGCGGCCGGGUCCGCCGGCACGAAACAGGACAAGUCGUGCUGCGGCAAGGCAAACACACCAUUAUGCUGCAGCCCUUCACACAGCCCUCCACACCGCAUUCCCGUUCGCAUUCGUGUCAUCGGCAACCUCGAGAUUGACGAGAUCGACGCCGACUCCGACGACGAGCUCCCGCCCCUUGAAGAUGCGGUUUCGGCCGAGAGCAUCCAAGACUUUGACGAGGCCAUCGACGAGGCGGAUGCGCGCGAGGCGGCAGUCACGAAGGCAGCCGCGAAGGAGGCGGCGGAGACGGCGGUGGCGGCGGAGGCACGUGCGGCGGAGGCAAGCGCUGCGGGGGCGGCGCUGGCCGCGGCCGAGAAGCAGAGGGCUGAGGAGGAACGCGCGGCACGCGAGGCCCAGGCGGCACAGGUGGCCGAGGCCGAGAAGUGGGCCGCGUUUGAAGCGGCGCAGGCGGCCGAGGAGGAUCGGCGCCGGGCGGUCGAUGCGGCGGCGGCGGCGGCGGCUGAGGUGGAGAAGGGGGCCGAGGCGAAGCGUGCCGAGCGCAAGGCGGCGAAGGAGCGGGCACGUGAGGAGCGUGAGGCGGAGGCGGCGGCCGCGUCCGAGGCGCAGAAGCAGGCGAAGAAGGAGGAGAAGAAGAAGGCGCGGCAGGAGGCGAGCAAGGCCCGGGACGACGAGAAGUACGCGCGGGCGGCAGCCGCGGCGUCGGCGGCGGCAGAAGGGGAGGGAAGGGAGGAGGGCGAGGGGGAGGAUGCGGACGAGGCAGCUCGCGAGGCGGAGGCGCUGCUCGAGGCCACGCGCGAGGGCAAGGCGCUCGGGGAGGCGCCGUGGGCGGCAGUCGAGAAAGGAGACGCUGGCCGCCUCGAGGCGUGGAUCGCCGACGGCGGCAACGCGGACCAGCGCGACGACGACAUCUUCGAUGCCGGCUGGCAGGCGACACGGGCAGGAGCAAGCCCGUCCGCAGUCGAGGCGCUGAUCGAGGGCGGCUUGAACGUCGAGGCGGAGCGCUGCAAGGGCAAGAAGAGCAAGAAGAAGAAGAAGAAGGGCGGCGGGGGCGGCACGGCUGGGCCGCCGCAGGAGGCCGCGACUGCGGAGACCGCUGCCGUCGGGCCCGAGCCGCUUGGGCUUCUCAAAGAGCUCGACACGGAGAGGAUUCGGCACAGCGUCGGGGAGGAGCCGACGGCGGCCGAGGCGUCGGAGGAGGGAGCGGAGAAGGGAGCGACGGCGGAGGCGGCCACGGCCGCAGUGGCCGCGGAGACGUCGCCGAAGGAGGUGGCGGCGCUUGGGGUGACAGCGGCGGCGGAGCCGGCAGUCGAAGGGGAGGAGAGCCGCGGGGCGGCAGAGGAGCUGGCGAGGUCGGAGGUGUCGGCUGCAGCUGAGGCGGCCGAGGCGGCAGCCAAGGCAGAGGAGGAGGAGGCAGCGGCAAAGGCAGAAGAAGAGGCAGAGGCGGAGGCCAAGACGGAGGCGGCGAGGGCGGCGGCAGAGCAGGCGGCGGCGGCAGAGGCGGCGAGGGAGGCGGCGGCGGCUGCCGAGCUGGCGGCGAAGGAGGCGGCGGCGGCGGCCGAGCUGGCGGCGAAGGAGGUGGAGGCGGCGCGGCAUGCGAAGGAGCUGCUGGCGGAGAUCGAGGCGGAGGAGCGCUGCAAGGGCAAGAAGAGCAAGAAGAAGAAGAACAAGGGGGGUGAGACCGGCACGACUGGGCCGCCGCAGGAGCAGGAGGAGGCCACGGUGGCGGCGGAGGCGGCGCCGAAGGAGCUGCCGCUCGAGGGGAGGCGGCGCCCGCGACGGCGCUCAUGA